AUGGCUGAUCAAACACCCUCCAUCGUCGCCAGCAUGGCGAUCACCCCAUCUCCAUUUCCUGCGAGUGGUGAAUCAAAACCGAAUAUCACUCUGACUGUGACGUCCCAUCACUCUGAACCUAUUACAAUCCUCACAUACACCACUAUCUUCAAUCUAGAAGCGAGUCUCUUUCGAAGUAACUUUACUUGUCGCGAUAUCUCAAAUCCUGACGACCCGAAACCAAUGCAUAUCGACUACACACACGGCCCUAGACGACCUGGUUUCAAUCGUGAGUCAGGUGGCCCUGAUGAUCAAUACUUUGUCACGCUAGAACCAAUGGUGCCUGUUACCUUUACUUCAUUAUUCUGGCUGCAAGUUACCCCGUGGCCAGAAGAAGAGGAUGAGGACGGGGAAGAGGUGGAAGAUAUCAGAAUUCCGGCAUUUCUGCCGGGACACACUUACCAACUUGGAGCCAAAGAUAAUGUUGUCAUACGAGAUUGGUGGGUUGGAAGGAAAGAUCAAAUAAUGUCACCACCGGGACAAAAAGCAAACACGAAAAAGUCCAGUGGUUCGCCCAUUGCCCCUGCGAUAGAAGAUCUCAUUUUCCACACCGUGUAA